ACAUGUUUAGGAUAGUCUUUUAUUCGGCUUUCAUGCAUGAUACUUGACCUAUAUUGUGUAGAGUACUAAUAUUCUAAGUAAUUUGUUUGGAUCUGAAAUGCACCGUAGCUUUGUCCUUGUGCCUUUACAGAAAAUUAGUCCAAAUAUGUUUAUUUUGACGUAGACUACUAAAAUAAAAAUAGUUCUUGUCAGAUCUUUUUGCAUCACCGGAUAGGUUAAUUUGCUUUGAAUGUCACAUCUUCAUGCCAACGAAACGUGCGUGCGUCUGCUUUGCCUAAACAGACAGUUCAAUGGGGUAAACGUGGUAACAAACGAUAACCCCAUACAUUUGAAAUGUGUCAGUUAUCUCGACAUGUAAUACCCCCAGUCUUAGGUUUAUGUACUCUUGUUUGUAUAUUUCUGUUUUUGUAUUUGCUUUUUUUGUUCAUUUAAGGUUUACCCCAUGGAUAUUCAAUCUGAAAGACGUCUGCCUAAAAAAAGACUAUACAAGCCAGAAUGUUCAAUAUAAUUAUAUGUACACUAACUUUACAGGUUGUUUGUCCUUUUGAUGGUAGGAGGUGCAGAUAAGUGUUGUUUACCCGACUCUUUGCAGCGCCAGUAGGUUCAGUCCCUUUUUUUUUUUUUUUUCAAUCUCCUAACACAUUGUAGUGGACUGACGCAUGUUCCCUAAUAAUCAACUGGAAGUGUUUGUGAAAUUUGCCAGCUGAUUGAGUGGGACAACAUUCUGUCUGGUUUGGUUAGGCUCGCCCAUAUUGUGCAAGUGUUUGUCAUGUGUUAAAAGGUCGGGUUGAUAAAGCUUCCCUGUGCAUAUUUUGUCUCAGAUUACCUCCAACAAAGUGGCAAAAUCGUUUGAGAACUUUACAUAAAUUGAAAUUAAGUUUGUUCAACAUUCUGCCUUGUAAUGGGACUGUUCAGGAAUGCUGCCCAUCUCGCGGCAUCGCCUACCGCUCUUGCAGCCUCUCGCUUGGGGAGGAUGGAUGCAGAGGCAGCCUCUCCGUCUCUCUCCUCCACAGUGGCAGGGCCCUCCACACUGUGGCGUCUCGCUGAGCGGAGGAGUAGGAAGGCUGGCUCAGGGAACAUCUUUGGCGGGUGUAACCCCCCCAAGGUGAACCUGCGUCAGCUGCAGAGGCUGUUCACGGCAGCUGGGGACCAGGAUGCAGAGCAGAGGGCCGAGCUGGUGUGGGGCCACGGGGACGAGGCUGAGCUGGCCCAGGCCCUGAUAGGACUGAGAGCGAGGGGCCGACGGAGAGAACUCAGGGUGGAGGGGCGAGGCACACUGGGUUCGCGCUGGCUCCAGGCGUUUAAUCAUCUGAGGAUUGGUAAGAGUUCAGAGAGUAGCCAGCAGAGCAAAGAGCAGUCAUCAGACAGCAAGACGGAGGCAAGAGCAAAACACAGCUGCCCAGACACACAGCCACUGACUCCUAAGGGACCCAGAGGCGCUACAGGAGUCAGAGAGGACUUAACUGAGGGCCAAGGGCCUGCAGGGGCCUCUGAGAGACCAGCCAGACCAGGAGCUUUACUGAAGAAAGGAGGGGAGAGCGACCCGGAGAGGUACCUCCACCGCAUCCUCCACUGACGGACACACAGAGGACUAGGAUGACUUUGUUGCCCCUAGAUGCUGAUCUUGGAUCAGUUUUUCCCUUCCCCCGCUAAUCAUUAAUGUGUGUAUUAGGUGAUGGUAAACUGAUCCUAGAUCUGUGGUUGGGGACAACGUCUACAUGGAGUACUGACCAACCCUAGUUCAGAGAGUGACAGAGUCAAAUAUGCUGUAUAUUUUUACCUCUGUCCAACCAAGAUAAGAUGAGUGAAGAACAAACUGGAUCUACAAGAUGGGGAACACUUUGAUAUGAUAUUCUUACAUUUCAUUCUCUCUCAGGAACUGGCUUAUCUGUUCUUCUGUUUGUCUUGUCUCUUUUGAGCAUCACGCAUUAAACCUUGGAUUCAUACAAAGGAUUAAGGAAAGUGGUUUCGACUGUGGGAUUUAGCAGAGCACUUCAGGAGAGCUCAAUUCCACCUGGACUUGUUUUUGAUUGAUGUAUUUUGGUCAUUUGAUUCUCCAAAUUAGACAAAUGUGCCAAGGUGCAUCCACAAAAAGAAAGUAAAGGAAAAUGAGCUGAUGUCAAUUGGAAAGGAGAUAUUUUGAAGAAGUCAACAUUUCAACCAGGGGUGUGAAACUCAUUCCAUACAGGGCUAAGUGUCUGCUGGUAUCGUUAUUUCCUUUUCAAUGUAUAGAAACAGCAGGGGUUCAAACUUUAGAACCCAGUUCCUACAUUUGAAUAUAGAAAUUGAUUUUAUCAAACAAAACUAUGCUACAUUUAAUCUCUCUCUCAGGAUGACAAACCAGAGCAAGAUUACUGAAUGUAAGUACAGUAUUUACCUUCAGAGGUUAAUGUAUCAAACCAAGAGCUGUGAUGAAAGUUUGAUGUUACUUACGUCAUUCUAGUCACAUUAGCGCACGUUAGCAACAACUGUCCCGGUAUCGGGACACCGAUCCCAUAGAGGUUAAAGGGCCAGAUGCACAAUUAAAGGGGAAUUACACUUAAAUCAAUUUGUUAGUUUCCUUCCAGACCAAAAAUGAAUUGUAUUCUGAUGUGAUUUAAGCAUUGACAUGGACUCAGAACAUCCAAUUUCGUUGUUUCUCUAAAACAAUUUGUAAUUUCGAGUGAAAUUCAAAACAGGAAAAAUAAAACUGAACAUAAUUUGGGGGAAAAAAUCUGUUAUAGGACCCCACCCCUUAGUAGUUUAUUAACCAUUCUUUUACCAGGUAUAUUGACAGGACAUUGCACUACUUUCUCUUGUACACUAAGGACCCGAGGAAGAGUUUCAGGGGAGAGGAGAAUAAUGUUCCUAUUUGAAAGCUAGAUAAAAAUGAGUAGCUCGUAAUUUUUUGUAUUUUUUUUUUAAUGACUUAU